AUGUGUGGAAUCUUCGGCUACAUCAACUACCUGGUCGAGCGUGACCGCCAGUUCAUCAUUGACACACUUCUCAAUGGUCUGUCAAGAUUGGAGUACCGUGGUUACGACUCCGCCGGUAUGGCGGUCGAUGGUGACAAGAAGAAUGAAGUGCAGGCUUUCAAGGAAGUCGGCAAGGUCGCCAAGCUGCGUGAGCUCAUUGCCGAGUCCAAGCCCAAUAUGGCCAAGACCUUCGAGUCCCAUGCCGGUAUCUCUCACACCCGCUGGGCCACCCACGGCACCCCUUCUCGCCAGAACUGCCACCCCCACCGAUCUGACCCCACCUGGGAGUUCUCCGUCGUUCACAAUGGUAUCAUCACCAACUACAAGGAACUGAAGGCCCUGCUGGAGAGCAAGGGCCUCCGCUUCGAGACCGAGACCGACACCGAGUGUAUCGCCAAGCUGGCCAAGUACUUGUACGACCAGCACCCGGACAUUGAGUUCACCGUCCUCGCCAAGGCGGUGAUCAAGGAGCUGGAAGGCGCUUUCGGGUUCGCCCUGGUCGUCGGUGUGCGCACCACCAAGAAGAUGAAGGUGGACUUUGUCGAUGUCGAAUUCUCAGAAGAUGGCCCUCUUCCCGCGGAGCAGGCCUCCCAGAACGUCGCUCUCAAGAAGUCGGCCGCCAGUCUGCUGGCUCCUCCCGACAAGUCCCUCCUGCACCGUUCUCAGUCCCGCGCGUUCCUGUCCGACGACGGAAUCCCCCAGCCCGCCGAGUUCUUCCUGUCCUCUGAUCCCUCCGCCAUCGUCGAGCACACCAAGAAGGUGCUCUACCUCGAGGACGAUGACAUUGCUCACAUCCACGAUGGACAGCUCAACAUCCACCGACUCACCAAGGACGACGGCACCUCCAACGUCCGUGCCAUUCAGACCAUCGAGCUGGAGCUCCAGGAGAUCAUGAAGGGCAAGUUCGACCACUUCAUGCAGAAGGAGAUCUUCGAGCAGCCCGAGUCCGUGGUCAACACCAUGCGUGGUCGUCUGGACGUUGCGAACCAAAUGGUCACUCUGGGUGGUCUUCGCCAAUACAUCUCCACCAUUCGCCGCUGUCGUCGUCUGAUCUUCAUCGCCUGCGGUACCAGCUACCACUCGUGCAUGGCGGUGCGUGGUGUGUUUGAGGAGCUGACGGAGAUCCCCAUUGCAGUGGAGCUGGCCUCCGACUUCUUGGAUCGUCAGGCUCCCGUCUUCCGUGAUGACACUUGCGUAUUUGUGUCUCAGUCCGGCGAGACUGCCGAUUCCCUCAUGGCUCUGCGCUACUGUCUGGAGCGUGGCGCCUUGACCGUCGGUAUCGUCAACGUCGUCGGCUCCUCCAUCUCCCUCCUGACCCACUGCGGUGUGCACAUCAACGCUGGUCCCGAGAUUGGUGUGGCCUCCACCAAGGCAUACACCUCUCAAUUCGUGGCCAUGGUCAUGUUCGCCUUGUCCCUGAGCGAGGACCGUGCGUCGAAGCAGAAGCGCCGCGAGGAGAUCAUUGAGGGUCUCGGCAAGGUCUCGGACCAGUUCCGCGAGAUUCUGAAGCUGAAUGAGCCUAUCAAGGAGAUGUGCGCCAAGUUCUUCAAGGAUCAGAAGAGUCUGCUCCUUCUGGGACGUGGCGCUCAGUAUCCCACUGCGCUCGAAGGUGCGCUCAAGAUCAAGGAGAUUUCCUACCUCCACUGCGAGGCUGUCAUGUCCGGUGAAUUGAAGCAUGGUGUUCUUGCCCUGGUUGACGAGAAUGUGCCCAUCAUCAUGAUCCUCACUCGGGACAACCUCUUCACCAAGUCUCUGAAUGCGUACCAGCAGGUCAUUGCCCGUGGUGGUCGCCCCAUUGUCAUCUGCAACGAGGAUGACCCCGAGUUCUCCUCGGCCCAGACCGAGAAGAUUGUUGUACCAAAGACUGUCGACUGUCUGCAGGGUCUGUUGAACGUCAUCCCUCUGCAGCUGAUCUCCUACUGGUUGGCUGUGGGUGAAGGUCUGAAUGUCGACUUCCCUCGUAACUUGGCCAAGUCUGUCACGGUCGAGUAA